AGAUCCCUUCUUGGUUGAUCCACACACUUCCUCUCCAUCGCUGGGGCCUGGGCCAUUCUCUGGUUUGCAUUCCCAGAGGGCUUCCCUCUGGAGGAGCCACUGUACCUGCCACUUCUGCAGCAUGGUCCUGUCAGAGCCGGGGUAUCUCCUGUGGGACAGAAAACCAUGGUGGUGACCAAAUAUACCAAGGUUAGAACACAAACAGGGGAGAGGUGGGGCUUGCCUGGGCUUCGUGGGGCCAGGGUGUUGAGGAAAGCUGCAGACUUCCACAUCCCACAGCGGCUCUCAGCGGGCAGUACAGGGAGACUGUCGUUCAGCUCUUCCUGGCCCACCCCGGCCUGCUGAAGGUUAGAUUCUUGCAGUCAGUGUCCCUCUGCUGUGAUACCAGAACAAGCUGCUGCCUCAAGAAUUCCAGGGGACAUGCAGCCUCAGGCUUGGGGGCCUCCUUCACAACCCACACGGAAUUCCCCUGCCACAUCUUGGCCUUCUUUGUCCCUGCCCUGACCCCCUCUUUUGCUUGUGGAUAAAAUGUAAACAACACGGAAGGCCAUGAGAUAUGACCUAAGAGUCUCCCAAGAAGUGUCCACAGUCACCAGUUUCUAGUGUAUGUUCCAGAAAAUGUUUUACCCAUAUGCCUGCCUAUAUGCCUACAUAGCUUUUUUUUGUUUGUUUCUAAAAAGCUUCAGUCAUACAUGGGGUCACAUCAUACACCCGGUUCUCCACCCAGCCUCCCUUGUGCUGCAGCAGCCCUGGAGAUCGGCUCACACUGCCCUUUCGCAUUCAUCUCUGUAGUCUCAGGGCAGUUUUGCACAGCUGGAUCCUAACUGAUUCACCGUCCCCGUGACAGGCUUUGUUCUCACAACUGACAUUUCCAGGAGCACCUUUUGGCACAUGUCUCUGGGUACUUUUGUGAGUGUAUCCACGAGAGGUUUCUAGCUGUGGUGCCACUAGGUUAAAAAGUGUGAGUAUUUACCAUUUUGCUACCUAUGGCCAAAUGGUUCCUUUAAAAGACCAUACUAAUGUACAUGGCUAAAAUUAAGACUUACAUACCAAACCAGUGAAGGCCCAUUGUGGACUGCCCUGGUAGGAAAAAGGGUAACAAAAGGCAAUAUUGGGGAGGGUGUGGGAGGAGCCCUCCUCCUCCACCCCAAACGUCUCUUCUGUUGGGCAGGGAUUAUAGAGCCCGGCUCCUCAGCCUCCAGGGUGCCCCUCUGCUCCUUUUCCAGCCGUUUCUUCCCCAACUCCAUGAGACUCUCCUCUACCCGAAGACUAGGUCUUUGCUCAAGAUGCUCCACCACACCAAGCCAAAUCAUAUCCCUUGGCUCCAUCCAUCUCCUCUGCCACAGUUCUAUUCAGGUGCCCGCAGACAUCUGAAUGCCCACAGACCCAGUCCCCACAUACGCUCUGCUCCACUUGCAUGGUCUGUGUCAGGACCCUGCCGGGCUCAGUCUGGACAAGGCCUGGCUGCCCGUGUGUCCCAGAGGGACAGUGCCGCUUCACCUUCCCAUCGCAGCCCCACUGUCACAUCUUCUGUCCCGGGCUCUCCAUCCCUCUGCAUUCAAUUCUUUAUUUGGCAGAUUUUCCAUAAGCAGAAAGUAACCCCCAGGCUGGGAUUUACCUCUUCAUCCCUAAUAGAGGAGUCAUCUAUUUGGGCCAUGUAUCCAGGCAAGCAACACCCAACAAUAAGCAGAGGCAAAACGUGCUCCAAUGUACUGCUUUAGCUUGCAAAGCAUCAAGUGAAGAUUUGGUUCUCCUGUUGUGUCUGUGACUCUGCCACCCACCCAGUUCUGGAGGGGUAGGCUGCUCUUAAGGCUAUAGGCAAGGGCAGAGCCCAAGCUGGAGACAGUGAGGGUCAUCGCCUUGAAAAGGACCUGUGCUGAGCCCUCCAGAGCCAUGAGCAUGUGGAGUUGGCAUGCCACAGCCUGCUGAUCUAGCUACUCUGUUUUAUAAGUUGACAGGGGAGUGAGGACAGAGGAGUGAAAGCAGGGGAGCUAAAUGUGUCUGUUAGGAUCCAGGAAAUGAGAUUCAGUUUCCGCUCUCCUCCCUUUCAGACAGGGUUCUAGAAUUUUGCCUGUGGUCAUUUGUGAUGUUACUAUCAGGUGGAAUGGUAUACAGAAGAAAAAGGCAUUUCACCAUCCCACUCCUCAUUUCAUUGGCUAUCAGCUCCAAGGAAGUUCCAUUAUUUCUGGUACCGUCAGAGAAAGACGCCAUUACCAGCAGCUCCAGGACACCUAACCAAAGAGAAAUGUGUGGCUUCUUCCCUGAGUAGCCACAUCCGCCUGGCCGUUGCCAUGGACAGGGGCUCUGCCUUGAUCCUCUCCCACUGACUGCUGGGUGAACCGGAGGAAAAGCCCAACUGCAGGAAUCACAGCGGGCUGGUGUCAAGACUGCUAAUGACCUCCAGGUCCCAAGUCUCUUGUUGCUUGGUGACAAAGUUUCACAGUUGAGAAGGAGAAGCUGGGACUAGCAGGCAGUUUUUCAUGAUUUUUCCUCACACUGGUCACUAUCCAAUCAGAACAACCAACUUCUAACACUCCCUUAGUAAAAGAACAUGGCUAAGGGUGAGAAAGGCCCCAAGGGCAAGAAGAUCACCCUCAAGGUGGCCAAGAAUUGCAUCAAAAUCACUUUUGAUGGGAAAAAGCGCCUUGACUUGAGCAAGAUGGGAAUUACCACUUUCCCCAAGUGUAUUCUGCGCCUCAACGACGUGGACGAGCUGGACCUUAGCCGGAAUCUGAUCAGGAAGAUCCCUGACUCCAUCUCCAAGUUCCAGAACCUCCGGUGGCUGGACCUGCACAGCAACUACAUAGACAAGCUGCCUGAGUCCAUUGGCCAGAUGACCAGCCUGCUCUACCUCAACGUCAGCAACAACCGGCUGACCAGCAACGGGCUGCCCGUGGAGCUGAAGCAACUAAAGAACAUCCGCACUGUGAACCUAGGCUUGAACCACCUGGACAGUGUGCCCACCACGCUGGGGGCCCUGAAGGAGCUCCAUGAGGUAGGGCUCCAUGACAACCUACUGAACAACAUCCCCGUGAGCAUCUCUAAGCUCCCCAAGCUGAAAAAGCUCAACAUAAAGCGGAACCCCUUUCCAAAGCCAGACGAGUCGGAAACGUUCAUAGACUCCAUCAGGAGGCUGGAGAACUUGUAUGUGGUGGAGGAGAAGGAUCUGUGUGCGGCUUGCCUGAGAAAAUGCCAAAACGCCCGGGACAAGCUGAAUAGAAUCAAGAACAUGGCCAUGACGACACCGAGAAAGACCAUCUUUCCCAAUCUGAUCUCACCCAAUUCUAUGGCCAAGGACUCCUGGGAAGACUGGAGAAUACGCUCAACAUCUUCCUAAAGUAGCUGUGGCAAAAACUUGAAGACUACUCAGCUAACAGAAUAAACGACUCUGAAGAGAAGAAGCCCCCAGUUAGGAGAAGACAAGAGUGGCAAGUGAGAUGUUCUGGAAACCAGGCUCGCCGGAGCUAGCCAAGUAUCCGACUUGCUUCUCAAAUUCACUUCACCUCCCUUAGCUUUAGCUCACCUGCAUGUGAAAAUGACUUUGGGAAAUAUUUGAUGUGGUUUUAAAAAUGUAUAUAGAGGAAAAAAUUUAAGAAAAUUACAGAUUAUAUAUUAUAGACAACUAAAUAUUUAAGACUUUAAGACUUAAAAGGCUUACUGCCUCUACAUUUCACUCAGACUAGUACAUCUCGAUGCCAGUAGACUGUGAUGUUUGUGUAGGUAUGACAUACUGACAUGGUUUGCACAUUUGUCCCCUCCAAACCUCAUGUUGAGAUUUGAUCCCCAGUGUUGCAGGUGCAGCCUAAUGGAAGGUCAUGGGGGUGGAUCCCUCAUGAAUGGCCUGGUGCCAUCCUCUUGGUAAUGAGUGAGUUCUCACUGUAUUAGAUCCUGUUGAAAAUUGUUAAAAAGAGCUUGGCACAUCCCUCUUCUCUCUCUCUCUCUUCCUCUCACCAAGUGAUGCCUGCUCCCCUUCUCCUUCCACCAUACCUAUACCCUAAAGCCCUCACCAGGAGGCGCUGGCACCUGUACAGCUUGCAAGAACCAUGACCCAAAUAAAUUUCUUUUCUUUAUAAAUAGCCUUAAAUAUUCCUUUAUAGCAAUGCUAAGACACCUCAAGCAACUCCAAUUUAUACAAAAAGUUAUAUAGAAAAAUAUUCUAAAAAAUACUAUAGAUAAGGUAGAAUUUUAACAAAUCUUUUAGUGGUGCAUAGGUAGGCAGGAAAAAGAAAACAGAGAAAUGAACAGGAAAAAACAAAAAAUAAAAAUAAAAUGGCAGACUUGUAUUCUAACAUUUUGAUAAUUACAAUAAAUGUAAAUGAUCUGCUUUAUUUAUAAUGACCACAAAAUAGAAACAACCAAAUGUUGCUCAAUGCACAAAUUGUUAAACAAACUCUGGUAUAUUUCUCUCACGCAAUACUACUCAGCAAUAAAGAGGAACAGACCAUUGAUACAUGCAACAACUUGAAUGUAUCUCAAUGGCACUAUUUUCAGCUAAAACAAAAAUGCCCAUCUCCAAAAAUCACAUACUCUAUGAUUCCAUGUAUAGAACAGUCUCUAAAUGAAAAAAUAAUAGAUAUGGAAAACAGAUUGAUGAUUCCCAGGAUUUAAGGAUGGUGGGGAAGACAGGGAGGGGGCAUAACUAUAAAGUGGUCGCACAGAGAUAUCUUUGUGGUGAUAAAAUAACUGUGUAUGUCGGCCGGGCGCGGUGGCUCAAGCCUGUAAUCCCAGCACUUUGGGAGGCCGAGACGGGCGGAUCACAAGGUCAAGAGAUCGAGACCAUCCUGGCUAACACGGUGAAACCCCGUCUCUACUAAAAAAUACAAAAACUAGCCGGGCGAGGUGGCAGGCGCCUGUAGUCCCAGCUACUUGGGAGGCUGAGGCAGGAGAAUGGCGUAAACCUGGGAGGUGGAGCUUGCAGUGAGCUGAGAUCCGGCCACUGCAGUCCAGCCUGGGUGACAGAGCGAGACUGCGUCUCAAAAAAAAAAGAAAAAAAAAAAAACUGUGUAUGUCGAUUGUGCAGGUGGUUACCCAAAUCUAUAUAUGAUACAAUGACAAAGAACUAUGCAUACACAUGUGCCAGUGUCAAUGUCCUGGUUCUGAAAUUGUGCUAUAGUUAUAUAAAAUGUAACCAUGGUGGGGGGGAUAUUAAGUGAAAGGUGCACAGAGUCUCUCUGUACUAUUUUUGAAGCUGUGAAUCAAUAUUUUGAAAUAAAAA